AUGUUUUCUUGCUUUCAGUGUUCUGUGCGUGUUAGAUCCUCUCUUCUUCUUCUUCUUCUUCUUCUUCUCCUUUUUUCUUAUUAUCUUUUUCUUCUUUCCCCUCGCCUUUUUUCCUUAUCUUUUGAUUUUUUCCUCUUCUUUUUUCUUUUCGUUUUCUCUUUCUUCUUCAUCAUCAUCAUCUCUCCAUCUUCUAUUUUUCUUUUCUUCUCCGUCUUCUUUCCUUCUUCUUCUUCUUCUUCUAAUUUUCUUCUCUUUUUUCUUCUCUCCUUCUCGUCUUCUUCUUCUUCUCAAUAUCUAUUUCUCUCUUCUUCUUCUUCUUCUUCUUCUUCUUCUUCUUCUUCUUCUUUUUUUCUUUUUUUAUCUUCUUUUUUCUCCUUGCAUUAUUCCGCUUCUCGUUUUUUCUCUUCUCUUCUUUUCCUCUUUUUCUUCUUUUUUUCUUUUUCUUUUCUUUUCUUUUUCUUUACUUUUCUUCUUCUCAUCUUCUUUUCCUUAGACUCAUUUAGUGCGAAAUCUUCACUUGUUAGUUUGUUCACAAUCUCAACUAAUUCGUUUUUCUGUCUCUCCUGUUUCUUUUCCUCUCUCUCUUCGUUUUUCUGUCUCUCCUCUUUCUUUUCCUCCCCCACUUCGUUUUUCUGUCUCUCCUCUUUCUUUUCUUCUCUCUCUUCGUUUUUCUGUCUCUCCUCUUUCUUUUCCUCCCCCACUUCGUUUUUCUGUCUCUCCUCUUUCUUUUCCUCUCUCUCUUCGUUUUCUGUCUGUCUCUCCUGUUUCUUUUCCUCCCCACUUCGUUUUUCUGUCUCUCCUCUUUCUUUUCUUCUCUCUCUUCGUUUUUCUGUCUCUCCUCUUUCUUUUUCCUCCCCCCCACUUCGUUUUUCUGUCUCUCCUCUUUCUUUUCCUCCCCCACUUCGUUUUUCUGUCUCUCCUCUUUCUUUUCCUCCCCCACUUCGUUUUUCUGUCUCUCCUCUUUCUUUUCCUCCCCCACUUCGUUUUUCUGUCUCUCCUCUUUCUUUUCCUCUCUCUCUUCGUUUUUCUGUCUCUCCUGUUUCUUUUCCUCCCCCACUUCGUUUUUUGUCUCUCCUCUUUCUUUUCCUCCCCCACUUCGUUUUUCUGUCUCUCCUGUUUCUUUUCCUCUCUCUCUUCGUUUUACUGUCUCUCCUCUUUCUUUUCCUCUCUCUCUUCGUUUUUCUGUCUCUCCUCUUUCUUUUCCUCCCCCACUUUGUUUUUCUGUCUCUCCUCUUUCUUUUCCUCCCCCACUUUGUUUUUCUGUCUCUCCUCUUUCUUUUCCUCCCCCACUUUGUUUUUCUGUCUCUCCUCUUUCUUUUCCUCCCCCACUUUGUUUUUCUGUCUCUCGUCUUUCUUUUCCUCUCUCUCUUCGUUUUUCUGUCUCUCCUCUUUCUUUUCCUCUCUCUCUUCGUUUUUCUGUCUCUCCUCUUUCUUUUCCUCCCCCACUUUGUUUUUCUGUCUCUCCUCUUUCUUUUCCUCCUCCACUUUGUUUUUCUGUCUCUCCUCUUUCUUUUCCUCUCUCUCUUCGUUUUUCUGUCUCUCCUCUUUCUUUUCCUCUCUCUCUUCGUUUUUCUGUCUCUCCUCUUUCUUUUCCUCCCCCACUUUGUUUUUCUGUCACUCCUCUUUCUUUUCCUCUCUCUCUUCGUUUUUCUGUCUCACCUCUCUCUUUUCCUCCCCUACUUCGUUUUUCUGUCUCUCCUCUUUCUUUUUCAUACUUGCCUCUCUGAAUCCUUCUAUUCUGUUUUCCAUCUUUCUUUCUCUCCCUCUCUCUUUUUAAUUCUCUUUCGUCUCAUUUCCCCUUUUCUUCUCUCUCUAUUUAUCAUGUUUCUCACUUUUCUGUCUCUCCUCUCUCUUUUACCCUCUCACUUCGUUUUUCUGUCUUUCAUCUCUCUUUUCCUCCCCCACUUUUUUCUGUCCCUCCUUAUUCUUUUUCUCCUCUCUCUCUCACAUCGUUUUCUGUCUCUCCUCACUCCUUUUCCUCUCGCAUUUCGUUUUUCUGUCUCUCCUCUCUCGUUUCCUCUAUUCUGUUUCCCCCUUUUUUCUCGCUUCUCCUACCUCUCUCUCUCUUUCUCUUGUUAG